CUCGGGACCUUCCCGCGCGGCCGGGCGCCGUGGGAGGCGUGGCUUCCCACUUAACUCCAGGCUGGGGGCGGGGUCGGCCAGGCCGCGGACAUCACCCGCUGGAUGUGGUGGGUCGCGGGAGAGCGGAGGGUGGAGCCCCAGCCCCGGGCCCCGCGGAAUGGAGGCGGGUUCGGGCGCGGCUCGGAGCGAGGUAUAUCGGCUGCUGUAGCUGCCGCGGCGGUGAUCGAAGAGCGGCCGAGCCCCUGCGACCCGUGGCGGACGUUCCGCGAUCCAAAUGUCCGGCUCGCGGAGCGAGGUGGGAGCACGGCUCGGGGCCACCGCCACGGCUGGCAUGGAGCGGUGGCGGGACCGGUUGGCAUUGGUGACGGGAGCUUCGGGGGGCAUCGGCGCGGCUGUGGCCCGGGCUCUGGUCCAGCAGGGACUGAAGGUAGUGGGCUGUGCCCGCACCGUAGGCAACAUCGAGGAGCUGGCUGCUGAAUGUAAGAGUGCAGGCUAUCCUGGGACUUUGAUCCCCCACAGAUGUGACCUAUCCAGCGAGGAGGACAUCCUCUCCAUGUUCUCGGCCGUCCGCUCUCAGCACAGUGGUGUGGACAUCUGCAUCAACAAUGCUGGCUUGGCCCGGCCCGACACCCUGCUCUCAGGCAGUACCAGCGGCUGGAAGGACAUGUUCAAUGUGAACGUGCUGGGCCUCAGCAUCUGCACCCGGGAGGCCUACCAGUCCAUGAAGGAGCGCAAGGUGGAUGACGGGCAUAUCAUUAACAUCAGCAGCAUGUAUGGUCACCAAGUGUCACCCCACUCCGUGAUCCAUUUCUAUAGUGCUACCAAGUACGCCGUCACCGCGCUGACAGAGGGACUGAGGCAAGAGCUUCGGGAGGCCCAGACCCACAUCCGAGCCACGUGUAUCUCUCCAGAAGCGGUAGAGACACAGUUCGCCUUCAAACUCCACGACAAGGACCCUGAGAAGGCAGCUGCCACCUACGAACGCAUAAAGUGUCUCAAGCCUGAGGAUGUGGCCGAGGCUGUCCUCUACAUCCUUAGCACCCCUCCACACGUCCAGAUUGGAGACAUCCAGAUGAGGCCCACGGAGCAGGUGAUCUAGUUUCCUGUGGGGCGCUCUGCCUUCCCUCCCUGCCCCUCACAGCUUGGCUCCUGCCUCUGGAUUUUAGGUGUUGAUUUCUGGACUCCUAGAUUCCGUUUCCUCUCCCCACCCCACCAGGGCCUAGAAAAUUCGAAGUUUUUAUAUCUUAUCAAUUGUUCCCAUCACAAAUAUGAACAGUGAGCUGGGGAGAGGAGGUGGUGUCCCUGAUUAUUUUACCUGUUAACUCAUUCUCGGUCCCCUUCUCAGGCUCCUUGGCCUUUGUUUGCUCUCUUCCGUCUCUUCCUUUUAAUCUGGGGAAGGAACUGUGGCCAAAAGCGGGGCUUCCCCCUGUCCCUCAGCAGGAAGGUGGCAGACAGAAGC